AUGAUUUGCAUCAAUUGUUGCGGCGAGGUUGAAUGUUUGUAUGUGAGGUAUUCAAAUGACCAUAUUCGUCUUACAGACUGCCCCAAUUGUCGAGACGUUGCCGAUCGAUAUGUGGAAAUAGACAACGUUUUACUGUUCAUUGACCUGCUUCUGCUGAAGCCUGGAGCAUACCGGCAUCUGGUUUACAAUUCGUUGGAACUAGAACUGUCGAAAUUCCCCGGAACUGAACAAAAUGGAGAGAACUCAAAGAAUGGCUUCAAAAAUGCCCUUUGGGCUCAAGCUCGUCGCUUGAAAAACUGGUUUGUGAAAUUCGACAAGUUGAAUCGGGUUUGGCUCAUCAUAACGGCCUUCGAGGUGUAUCUGACGUGGGUUUCAGAGGAACGUCGUUUUCAGGCGCAAAAAACGGACUCAAGAGGACUAUUAAUGCGUCAAAUAUUGUCCAAAAGUGCUCUGGCUCAGUAUCUUUAUUUUACUGUCUAUUGCGUUGUUGAUUUCAUGGUUCUGCACAAUGUUGCCUAUUUUUUGCUGGUCAGGCUCUUUAAGUGGGGCUGUCGCGUCAAAUAUGCCAAGUACGUCAUAUCUUACACCAUUCUACUAUCAUAUGGUGCGAAAAUUUACCCGAUACUGAUGUUGAUUUGGCCCUACGAUACGAUUUUGACCACGAGUAUAAUCAAGAUCGUGGCCAACGUUUACAUUGUGGAGGCCCUAAAAGUCGUCACGAAUAGAAGCUAUUUUGACAUCAUAGUCCUGUAUUUUAUGGUUUUUGUUGCUCGAUCUCUCACCGUGAAACCUUUGCUUUCUCUACUGGUCACCAAAGGCAAUUUUGCUCUAUGCUUACACUACGCCAAGACAGAAUUGCAACUCGUGCAUCUUGAUUUACUACCUAGUAGUUUUCGAAACGGAUCUCCUGACUUGUAA